AUGGCGGAGCUCGGCAUCGAGGCGGCGCGAUGGAUGGUCGGCAAGGCUCUGGGGCCCGCUUCGAGCGGGCUGCUGGAGGCGUGGGCGGCCAGCACUGAGCUCGGUACCAACAUUGAAAAUCUCAGGAUGGAGCUGCUGUACGCGGAGGGCAUGCUCAACAAUGCCCGAGACCGCGACCGUGGCAGCGGCCCGGAGAUCCAGAACCCGGCCCUGUCGGAGCUGCUGCAGAAGCUCCGGGGCCUGGCGUACAGGGCCGACGACGUGCUGGACGAGCUCGAGUACUUCCGCAUCCAGGACGAGCUCGACGGCACCUACCAUGCGGCUGACGAGCAUGGCGGGGGCUGCCUCCACAACAACGCACUCAAUGCCCGCCAUAUCGCCAGAAACAUUAGAAAGAUGCUUGGCUUCUCCUACGGCUCCGGUGGCUCUGCUACCCGCGAUGAGCCCGCGGAUGAAGAUACGAGAGGAGUCUCAUGUGGAGCUUGGCCAUGUCUUGGUCCUAAAACUCCUGAUGAUGACAACGACGAGCAAGAAGAAGAUGCAAGCCGAGGAGUCCUUUGUCGGGCUGUCUGGCCAUGUGGAAGGGCUUCCUCGAAGCCACCCAUGCCGCCGGUCGACAGGGGCGACCAAGAGGUCGCCAGCGGCUGCAUGAGUAGGCUCGCUACUGCUGCUACCGCAAAAAUAUCUGGCUUCUCCAAGUGCUCCCGCGGCUCUGCUGACCAUAAUCAGUCUCAUGAAGAAAAAGAAGAUGCAAGCCGAGGGGUCCUGUGUGGGGCUGUUUGGCCCUGUGCAAGGGCCUCAUCGUCGACGCCACCGCCCAACCAGGACCAAGAGGCUCAUGAUGGCUGCAUGGAUGGCCUCAUCUCCGGUGUCCGUGGCACCAUCAAUACCGUCGGUAAACACCUUCCAUCCUACUCUGUUUCACAUGCUCAAAAUGUUGGCAACUCCAAUGUUGCAUCGACUACUGGAGGUCGAUUCCUCAGUUCUGCCGCCCGUCCCAUCGAGGCACCGCAGAGAGAAGGUUUCGUACAAACACCAAAACUUAAGUUCGAUAGGGUCGAGAUGUCUCGAAAGAUGCAGGAGAUUGUAGAGCAGUUAAAGCCUCUGUGCGCCAAGGUAUCUGCCAUUCUUAAUCUGGAGUUCUUGGCAGCUAACUGUAGGGCUUCCCAGCGCAUGGCUACAAUUCGGCCCAUAACCACCUCAGAGCCUAUAGAGCCCCAACUUAAUGCUAGAGAGAAGGAGACAAGUAAUAUUAUUCGUGACAUUACCAAGGGAGAAUACUGUGACAAGGAUCUUACAGUGCUUCCAAUUGUUGGUCCAGGGGGCAUAGGGAAGACAACUCUAACGCAAUACAUAUACAAUGAUGAGGACCUAAAAAACCAUUUUGAAGUAAAAUUGUGGGUAUGUGUAUCGGUCAGUUUCAGCAUGCAUAGGUUGAUACAAGAGAUUGCUGAUAAACUCCCAAAAGACGAAAAUAAUAGUGGAGAUAAAAAGAUUGAAGAACAACUAAAAUCUAAAAGGUUUUUGCUUGUCUUGGAUGAUAUGUGGGAUUGUAGUAAUGAGGAUGAGUGGAAAAGUUUUCUAGUGCCUUUCAGGAAAGGACAAACAAAAGGCAGUGUAAUUCUAGUAACAACUCGGUUUCCUGCAGUAGCACAAAUAGUUAAAACAACAGAUCAGUGGAUAGACCUGAAUGGUUUAGACAACAAAGAAUUUGAGAAGUUCUUCUUUGCAUGUGUGUUUGGCGACAUGGAAGAAACAGAGCGUCCUAGUGAAUUAGUUGAUAUUGGAAAUAUAAUAGUGGGAAAACUGAAGGGCUCCCCUCUUGCUGCAAAAACUGUCGGGAGAUUGUUGAGAAAGCACCUCGACAAGGAUCAUUGGACUAGAGUUUUAGAAAGUAAAGAAUGGGAGUCACAAAAUGGGGAUCAUGAUAUCAUGCCAGCAUUGAAGCUUAGCUUUGACUAUCUCCCUUUCCAUCUGCAACAGUGCUUCAUUUAUUGUGCAUUGUUUCCAGAAGAUUACAAGUUUGGUAAACAAGAGCUAAUUCACUUUUGGAUAGGUCUAGAUGUCCUUCACUCACGUGGUGAAAAUAAAAGCAUUGAAGUUAUAGGACUAAACUAUUUGACAGAACUGGUUAAUCAUGGAUUGUUCAAGAGGGAAGAAGAUGCAGAUGGGAACACUUAUUAUAUUAUUCAUGAUCUACUACAUGAGUUAGCUAGAAAGGUUUCAGCAGAUGAAUGUCUUAGCAUAUGUAGUUCAAAUAAUUUGAGAUCCUUACAAAUCCCCCAGUCGAUACGCCACUUAUCUAUCAACAUAGAUGAGUCAAGUGUCAAGGACAGGAAGACUUUUGAUAUCUGUAAGGAAGGUUUUAGUGUGCUGGGGAAAAAGUUGAAAUUUGAGAACCUACACUCAUUGAUGUUAUUUGGGGAACAUCAAGGUAGCUUUGUGAAGACUUUUCGUGGUUUGUUCAGUAAAGCAAAAGCUAUUCGUGUUAUUUUUAUAUCUGGAGGAAACCAUAGUGUGGAAGACUUAUUGCACAACUUUUCAAACCUUGUCCAUCUCCGUUAUCUUCGGAUAGCAGGAUCACAAACACCCAAGGACAUUUCAAGAUUUUACCACCUCAGGGUCGUAGAUAUAAAAGAAUGUCGUAGUUCUUACGAUUUACCAAGACAUAUGGGCAAUCUCUUAAAGUUGCGCCAUUUUCUAGUUCCAGACGAUGAAAUGCAUGCAAGCAUUUUUGAAGUGGGGAGAUUAAAAUCACUACAAGAGCUAAGAAGAUUUGAGGUCAGAAAAGAAAGUAAGGGUUUCGAAUUGACGCAGAUGGGACAUUUGCUAGAGCUUUGCGGAUCAUUGAGUAUCGACAGCCUUGAAAAAGUUGAAGGAAGGGAAGAAGCAGAUGAAGCAAAGUUAAUGCAGAAGAAACACUUGCAGGAGUUGAUAUUGAUUUGGAAUGAUACACAAUCCAACAAGGAUGAUCGUGCACGUGAAGAACAUGUUCUCGAAGGCCUCAAGCCACAUAGCAAUCUUCUAAAGCUAAGCAUUACAGGGCAUGGGGGUGCCACCUGCCCUUCAUGGCUAGGUGUGAACCUCUCGGUUGAAAACUUGGAAUCUCUUUGCCUAGAUUAUGUGGCUUGGAAAGUGUUUCCACCUAUCGGUGAGUUUCAGCUAGUUAAUGGGGCUGCUAAAGAAAUUUCGAGUAAUAUCCCUGGCCAACACUUUAAAAAUUUGAAAAGGAUAGAACUUGUACAUUUAGCAAGGCUGCAAAGAUGGGUCGUAGGUAGCUCCGAUCAACUGUUAUCCCACUUGGAAGAGCUCAUCAUCAGAAUAUGCCCUGAACUCGUGGAGCUGCAAUUUUCUAAUUCUACUUGCAGUGAGCAGGAGCAGAAGACCACGUUUCCUAGACUACAAGAGCUGACGAUUAGUUGCUGUCCGAAACUGGUGUCCUUGCCUCCUGUUCCUUGGACCAGCUCUCUGCGCAAUGUUCGGAUAUACAGAGUUGGUUUAGACUUUGGGUCAGUGAGGUACUGGAAUGAUCGUCGUGACCAUACGAUGCGCAUUGAAGGAAAGGGCCGUGCUCAGGAUAUGACGGUGUCGUUCUGGACGGUAUUGGGCUUUGACAAGUUAACCGGACUAGAGAGCUUGGUUAUAAGACGCAAUUGCCCUCUCCUGCCACUCGAUGUCCUCCAAAAGCUGUCGUCAUCUAUAAAGUUUCUGGAUCUAUCGGAUUGCAACAUGUUUAGUGGGAAGGAUAUAGGACAAAUGCUCUCUUGCAUGCCGCAGCUCUCAGAUCUGUCCAUUUAUAGAUGCGAGAAGAUUACAGGGUUUGGUGUGGUGGAGCAGCUGGAGGAGGGAAAGGAGGAAAUAGCAACAGAUGGGUUGCUGCUCUUACCUCCCCAACUACAGAGGCUGCAGAUUCGGAGGUGCCCAGAGCUAAGCCUCCGCCCCGAUUCACCACACGGUGGUGAAAAGGGAGGAGGGCUCCAAGGUCUGACCUCUCUCGUUUCCUUGAGGGUUAGGGAAUGCCCCAAGUUCCUUGUUUCCCCUUGGCCCUCUUCUUCUUGUUUCCCCUUCCCAACCUCCCUGCAAUACCUCAAUCUCUCUCGCAUGGAGACGCUGGCGCCCCUCUCAAACCUCGCCUCUCUCACGGAGUUGUCGAUUGCGAGAUGCGGGGAUUUAGGAGGCGCGGAUUUGGGGCAUCUCCUUGCCAACGGCUGCCUCCGCAAAUUAUCCGUCUAUCAAACUCCCAAUUUCUUCUCCAUUGAAUGUUCAGAGGAGCCCUUGGAGUCGGAGAUGCUUCAACUGCAGUCGCUGGAGACGGAUGACGUCGCGAGUGUCCUUGCCGCACCCAUCUGCAGACUCUUCUCUUCCUCCCUCACCAGUUUAUCCAUUUUGAUGGGGGACAUGGAGCGCUUCACAAAGGAGCAGGACGAGGCAUUGCAGUUCCUCACCUCCCUAAAGCGACUCCAAUUGUAUUGCCGCAAGCUGCAGUGCCUCCCGGCGGGCCUACAGAAACUGGCAAACCUCGAAACAUUAGUGAUUCCCGGCACUCCAGCCAUUAUCCACUCCCUGCACAGGGGCAGCCUCCCGGAUUCCCUGCAAGAAUUAUUAAUCACCGGAGGAGGCUUCCAGUCACUGCCCAAGGACAGCCUCCCUAACUCCCUGCGAAAAUUAUCAAUCUACAACUGCUCAGCCAUCCGCUCACUGCCCAAGGAGAGCCUCCCUAAUUCCCUGCAAGAAUUAGGGAUCUCCUGCUGCUCAGCCAUCCGCUCACUGCCCAAGGAGGGCCUCCCUGAUUCCCUGCAAGAAUUAGAGAUCUCCGACUGUCCAGCCAUCCGGGCGCUCCCCAAGGGUGGCCUCCCAAGUUCACUGCAGGUGUUAGAUGUCUGCCGUGGCAACAGCGAGGACCUAAGAAGGUAG